AAUAAACAAAUUUUAAGCAUACAUUCAGGCUCUAAAGGCCGUUUUUCACAUAAUUUCUCACAUUUGGCCCAAAAAUAACCCUUUGGACAAUUUCGCACAGACUAAUAUGUAAUCUACAUCAUCUUUAAUGGCCUUAGAAUCCAAAGUAAUGUUUUUUUUCAGUUAAUAAACAAACUUUAAGCAUACAUUGAGGCUCUAAAGGCCGUUUUUCACAUAGGUCUCACAAUUGGCCCAAAAAUAACCCUUCGGACAAUUUCGGACAGUAAUAAAAUUAAUUAGUUUUUAUUCCAGAUAUUUAACCUAACCUGUUGGCCAUAAGAAACAUGUUUCCUUAACUUUAAUCUAGAGAUAUUGUGGAAGACAUUCAUCUACAUGAUAAUUUUUAAGUCAUUUUUAGACAUUUUGGCCUAAAUAUACCAAUUUCGGACAAGUGUCCAAAAAAUUUUUUCUUUUAAUAAUAUGGAGAAUUUAUCUGAAAUUAUUAUUCUUUUUACAGAAUAUAAAAAUUUUAUUUCGUUCUUGAGAUAUCCUGUUUUAACUGAGAGGGUAAUUCGAAUUAUUUUUUCGUAACAUUUUUGUCCGCUUCGAAACAGCUGUGACCAACAAAGAUAUAUACUAAACAUGCCACUUUACCUAAAAAUGAAGUGCUUUGUCGAUUAUGCUGUAUUGUCACUGCUCAAAACCAUGUGACAAAAUGUUUUUCAAAAAGUGGAGAAAAAAUUUACCUAACAUUUAAAAUUGAGCAAACAUGUGGAAUAAGAGUGUCACAAGAUGAUGGAAUGUCUGAUGCUAUAUGUCGUAAAUGUAUAUCGUUUAUUCAAAAAAUGCAUGAAUACCGAUGUCAGUGCCAAAAAAAUCUAAGUUUACAUAGACAAAAUGUUUCAGUUAAACGUUGUGCAGUUCUUCACCAAGUAAAACCACAUCUGUGGCAAAAAAGAAGCUUUUUGGAAAUAAACCUGCUCUCUGUGAUGUCACAAACAUACAAAGGAAUAAAGAAAAUUGUAAAAUUUCCAUGGUAGACUUUGAAAGUAAAAUGUUGCUGGUUGGAGGUUGGAGGUUGAAAGUGAUUCUGCAAAACUUUGUAGGAGAACUAAACCAUCAUACUUACAUGAUACAAGCUACAAUGGCUUACAGAUAUUUGAUUUCGAAAGUUUAUGGGAAGAGUUAGAAUCAAAUAAUUCUUUAUUGUUAAAAAUUUUGCUAACAAGCACUGGUAAAUUACACCAACCCUUGAGUAUUAGUUUAAAAGUUAAACUUUGUUUUGUCUUUUCAGUGUUAAUGCAGAUUAGAUGGCAUGAAUUAAGUCGACUACAAAGAAUUAACACCAUUCUUGCAAUUGAAGGAGGUUGCAAUAGACAGUUCCAAAGAAGAUUAAAUCAAGUUGGAUUUUGCUUAUCGAUUUCCAUGAGCGAUGUUUUUUUAAAAUUAGCAGGUGGUCAUUUUAUGGAAAAGGCUGUUAAUAUUAUCAGAAAUGGUGGAUCUUUGCGUGGUACAUCAGAUAACUGGGAUAUAAGGGUGCUUGUGGCUACAAGGAUAAAUGUUGACAAUAUCAACCUCCACAUGAUGGCCAGUAAUCUAAUUGAAAAUCGAAUACCAUUGCAACAUCUGUCUAAUGAUAUUCCUUUAAUCAAAAGUGUACGUACUGCAUCACCAAAUUUGUUUAUGCCAAAUGUUCAAGAAUGGCAACAUUAUGCUGACACCUCGAAAAUUUAUUUGGGAGAAUAAUGUUGGAAUUUCUUUCACAAUUUAAGUUUUUAAAACACGUGCUGCCAGUGCGUUUACCUCACCCAUAUAGUGAAUGCAUGAAACAAAAAUCAACCAUUAUUUCCAUGCCAAUUAUUAACGCAAACGAAUCAAAAUAUUCAGACUGUGAUGAAAUUCUUAGAACGUUUGAAAAUUGGAUUGCAGAAAUCUACAAUCAAGCGGGACAGUUAGAGAAGUUACCAGACCCACAACAGUUACCAAAUACAGUAGAUGUUGACUAUCAAGCAGAUCCUGGUCAGACCAUUGGUCAUGUUGUUUUUACUGAAGAUGAUCCCAUGAAGGAAAUAAAAAUACCUUUUUCUGGAGACCAGCUUACAAGAGUUUGGUUUGCUGGUGCAAAACACCUUCUUGGUGGAGCACACACACCAUCUGACUGUUUGGAACACUGUGCUCCAUUUAAACCUGUGAUGUGGCAUUGCAAAGCGUCACUAUUGCAGUACAGUUAUUCCCUGCUUUAUGCACCUGAAUCAGUCAAAGAAAUUGAAACUCUUGAAUAUUUCAGGGAAAAAUAUAACCGAAAGGAUGCGAAACCGUCCAAAGUAUUAGAUUCAUAUGAAGGUAGUAAACAAUUAUUUUUAAGUACCGGUCGUGCCUACAUACAACAUCGGAAUUAUUGUAAAACAAAAUAGCUGUUGCAGGUUGCUCACUUCUGCCAGCUCGUCCUAUUUCUUGAACAUAAGCUUCAAGAUUGCUGGGUGGGGUAAUGUGGUAAACAUUUUCUACAUGUGGAAUAUUAACACCCAUUCCGAGCGCAGUGGUAGCAAAGCUAACUCUGAUCCGUGAGUUCUUCUUAGAAAUUUCCUUUAUGAUAAUUAGUUUCAUAGCUUUUGUCUGUGGUGCAUGGUAUUGACAAAACAAACGACUAGAUGGUGUUUUUUCAAAUCCCACGUAUUGAAAUGUGCUUAAAAGUCUUUCAAAUAGAUUGAAGGCAAGACCACAAUAUUUUAAUUUCAUAUAAAUGAUUGUCAUUGGAAAUUGUUCUCUUACUGAAUUUAAUGAAUUUGCUAUAGGUAACAAUAUAUUCUCAUAGCUUUCGAAUCCAGAAGCAUUACUUUUGCGGAUCUUUUUGUCAAGAAAUAUGUUAUUGCGGUUGGGAUUUACUCUGAUAACUUUUGCUGUUGACAUGUUCAAUGACUUCACUAAACUUGUUAUAUGAUGAGGUGAGGCAGUUGCAGUAAGGGCUAACAUAGAUGCUUUUGGAAAAUAAGUGCGCACUGCGGAAAGUUCUUUAAAAUCUUUUCUAAAUUCUUCUCCCCUGAAAUGUAUAUUUAGAUAUUUUAUUGGUUAACUUUUUUAUAUAUAAAAGUACAUAGUCCUUUUUAGAGCAGCAUCUUAUUAAUUUAUUUUGUUAUAUAUUUUUUAUUAAUUAUUUUCUUUGUCAACCUGACAAAAAAUAAUCAAAACAUAAAAUCAAAAUGUAAUGAAUAGUUUUUUUUGACUCCAUAUGUAUAGCUAUUCGAGGUAAUUUAAUGACAUGACCAGCUAUUGUACAAAAACCCAAUCAAGACUUGCACCCGAACUGCAGAGCUCUGGAUGAGCGAAGAGUAGAUUUAUAUCCCCUUCUUGCACCUUUAUUGAUAUAUUGAUUUCUUCGUGAGUUUUCAUUUCGGCAAACAAACUUUCAUAAGAGCUUGUAGAACUA